CCGUAUGGGCGAUAUGAUAUAAAAAUGUAUUCUGAACCCACACGCGUCCAAAAGUGCCAUUACGCUACCCCACAGCAAAGUGUUCCACCGUUCGGUUAUCCCCCACAGUUUCUGUCAUCUCCAGCUCUCUCCAUGUUGCUGCAGUGCUACUUAUAUCCGCCCUCAAUCCUCCCACAACUCCGCACAAAUCUUCAAUCCUCGCUAUUUCUUCCUACUCGCUGUCGUACUUCUCACGCUCCGCUGCUCCGUUCUAUCACCGUCAAGGCUUCAAUAUCUACUGUCAUGGACGCUGACGCUCAAGUGACCUUGCUAAAGAAAGGCAUAGCUGAACUGUAUGACGAGUCUUCUGGUAUAUGGGAAGCCUUAUGGGGAGACCACAUGCACCACGGGUUCUACGACCCGGAUGUUAAAGUUUCGGGCUCUCUUUCCGAUCAUAGAGCUGCUCAGAUCCGAAUGAUCGAGGAGGCUCUCAGGUUCGGCAGCGUUCCAGAGGACCCAAAAAAAUGGCCUAAGAACGUGGUUGAUGUUGGCUGUGGGAUUGGAGGCAGCUCUAGGUACCUGGCAAAGAAAUUUGGGGCUCAUUGCCAAGGCAUUUCUCUCAGUCCUUUCCAAGUCCAGAGGGCCAAUUCUCUAGCAGCUGCUGAAGGACUGGCUGACAAGGCUUCCUUCCAAGUUGCAGAUGCUUUAGACCAACCAUUUCCAGAUGGGCAGUUUGAUCUGGUCUGGUCAAUGGAGAGUGGAGAACAUAUGCCUGACAAAAGAAAGUUUGUUAGUGAGUUGGCUAGAGUUGCAGCCCCAGGAGCCAGAAUUAUUAUAGUAACAUGGUGUCAUAGGAACCUCAGCCCUUCUGAAGAAUCUUUGCAGACAUGGGAGAAAGCACAUCUGAAGAAGAUAUGUGACGCUUAUUACCUUCCUGAAUGGUGUUCUGCUGCUGAUUAUGUUGAAAUGCUCGAGUCUCUCUCUCUACGGGAUAUUAAAACAGCAGAUUGGUCUCAGAAUGUGGCCUCUUUUUGGCCAGCAGUGAUUCGCUCGGCAUUGACUUGGAAGGGCUUGACUUCACUAGUGCGUAGUGGUCUAAAAACUAUUAGAGGAGCAUUGGUGAUGCCAUUGAUGAUCCAAGGAUACCAGAAAGGUAUUAUCAAGUUUGCUAUCAUUACAUGUCGAAAGCCUGAAUUUGAAUGAACAACAGAUUGCGCAGAUAUAGCAAAGAUCAAAGGAUUUGAAUAAGGAUGACACUCACUCUUUUAGAAGUUUGAGAUUAAGCUUAUCAUCAUCAUUACAAGUAAAAUUAUUGAAUAAGGUAUAGUGAUUCCAUUGAUGAUCCAACAAGGAUACAAGAAAGACAUAUUAUUAGAGAAAAGGGAAUUAAAAAAUGGUGGGGAGGGGAUAUAUUUGUCACAUUAUCUACAAUGACAAAUUAUUUACAAUCUGUUUUGGUUUCCCUUAGUCUGUACCAUGUUAUAUUGUUAUGCUUUUUGCUAAUAAUAGAUUGCUUUAGUUGCUUAA